CUACGAAGUUUGUGGUUUUAAUCCAAUCUUUAUUUUCGACCGAAGAAACAAGGAUUCAACUUCCACCACCGGAGAACCGCCGCCGGAGAAUAUUUCGCCUUUCAGCACCGGAUCGCGGCCGUUGAUUGAUCACGCGGACAGCUCAUGAAAGUCACCGUCGUCUCCGGAGAAGAAAUUCCACCUUUCUUCGUUGCCGGAGGCGACGACUCUGAGAGACGCCGCGGCGCUCCUCCUGCGGCUCUUCCCGCCGCCGCCGCCGUCAUUUAAAAAAUAAAAAAAUCGCUCCGAUUAGUGAUUAAUUGGAUCAUAUCAUCUUCCAUCCAUCUCUGUAGAAAUACUGUGCGUAUAAUUAAAUUAAUAGUGAAGAAUUAAUUAGCACGCUAAUAAAUAAAUAAAAUCUAUUUUAAUGUUUUUUCACUUUCCCUUUGCUGGAACGCAAAGAGGUGUGGCGUCGACCUACAGACAACAAUGUCUUCUCUGCACGAACGUAAGUAAAUUGCUGUUGAGCUUUAGAGGAUCGGAUAUCACUCUCCUUCCCUCCUUCCUACCAUCUCCAUUUCUGUUGGUUUGUCAAUUGCCAUGGCUAAUCAAGGCAGCAAUUUCUCGCCAAGUUGCGAUGUUGCCAUCUCACUACAGAUUUUAUAUUUGUCCUCCUGCUCGCCAUUGUUCCUGCACUGCGCGCCAGAUCCAGAUUUGGAUGGAUUAUUCUCGUUUUUUGGGUAUGACAACCUGACCUAAUCAGGUAAUAGAACCUUUCAACUCUGAAGCUGUUGGAUAAUUGAGAUCGUAAUCUUCUCUGCUCAUCAGUAAUGAAUAAUGAUCCACUCGACUCUGAUGAAGGAAGAAUUUCUCUGGAAUUUAUUUAUUAUUUAUUUUUUUUGUGAAUUUGUUGGUGUGCUGUUUUAUCCUUUUCCAAAAUGGCAUUUACCAAUUCAUGUAUCUAUUUCUAUAUAUAAGCAAUCUUCUUGUUGGCAUGAUCAAUGAUGGAAUAGCUAUAUUUAAAUCUUCUUAGUUACAGUACACUAUUCGAUCAAUGAUUUUUAUAUGAUUGAUUAUAUAGAAUGAACACUAUCAUUCUCUCCAUAUAUACUACCUAUGGCUUGAUGCUUGAUGCAGCAACCCGGCGCCAGAGCAAAAAAGGCGAUGGGAUCGGGCGUUUGGUUCAAGAAUAUCCUAAGACGAAAUAGAUCGAAGGAGCGCAAGCGCAAACAAGCUGAGAAAUCGAAUGGUUCGAAGAGCAAGCACACAUCCGCCAAAGAGGACGACAACCUGCUCAAUGGAGGUUCAAAAAAGAAUUCCAAACGCAAGCAGAUGACAGAAGAUGCUGCUGCUAUUAGAAUCCAGUCUGCCUUCCGAGCACACAAGGCGAGGAAGGCGUUGCAACGCCUGAGGGGAAUCGUGAGAUUCCGUGGAGUAAUAGAAGGAGGCCAUUAUAUGAAGAGCCAAUCAGCCUCAGCACUGAACCAAAUCCAUUUUUGGAGCAGGAUACAGGCGGAGAUCAAAGCUCGAUGGCUUGGCAUGGUCGCUGAAAGCCAGACGAGGCAGAAGAGGCUCGAAAACCAGCUGAAACUUGAAGCUAAGCUCCAUGAAUUAGAGGUAGAAUGGAGUGGCGGCCCUGAGACAAUGGAAGAGAUUCUCAGCAGGAUACAACAAAGAGAGGAAGCUGCAGCAAAACGGGAGCGAGCCAUGGCUUAUGCAUUUUCCCACCAGUGGAGAGCAAAUACAAAUAACUACUUUGGACAGGCUUACUACGACCUUAGCAAAGAAGGCUGGGGCUGGAGCUGGAAAGAGAGAUGGAUAGCUGCACGUCCAUGGGAGAAUCGGUACCAACCGAGGACUUCCCUUGUCAAGAAAAGCGAAACUAGUCAAAAAACAAACACGGUUAUUAAAGCAAUGGGUUCCAUUAAGCCACUUCUGUCUAAUGGAAAAGCCUCACACGGAGGAAAAUCGUCCCAAGUCUCCCAUUCCCAUGAACCUGCUGCAUGAGUUGUCAGUCGAUGCAGACAAGGAAUAGCUCGAGGAUAAUGGCGCAUUUGCGACAUGUUCUGCAAGAAGAAACACAGCACAAUGCUAUAAACGGAUUCAAUAGUGUAGCUAUUUUACCGAAUCGUGAAUAAGUUAUGAUCUUGUGAGUCCUCAACGGUUUGAGGGGAGUAUUAUUACUUGUACACAGCUUUGAGCGUGUGACAUGGUAAGGAAGAAGAAACUGCUGAAGAUGGGAACUUCUGCAAUGAGUUGCUUCUGUGAUUAGUUUGCUAUCAUUUGUUAUUGCCACACUGUAUUUUCAAUUCGACAGUCUAUGCAUUUGAAAGAAAACCAGUUUUCACAUUCAAGCAAUUGUCGGUGCUAUUCCCCUCUCACGUAUAAACAUAAGCAUUCAGACAGCUUGUAGAAAAAAAAAAAAGCAAUGCAAUAUAUACAGAAUUUCGGUUACUGACCACC